CCACCAAGGGAGCGCGGAUCAGAAGCUUUCCACGCAGCCACACUUCACACUUGGCCGUCUUCAGCCGUUCUCAUGCGUGCAAAUCUCAAACAAAACUCAUCUUUACUGCAGAAAAACACGACUCCAAGGUGACAAUGAAGAAAGCCGUUUAUUUCUAUCCCGUCUGCUCCAAGUAAAGGCAAUACGUCCGACUGACACGACUUUACACGCCUGUGAGAGGAUCGGUCACCUUCUUUGCAACACCCAUCGGCAUAUUCCUGUUUUGGGAGAAGGGGGGGAAAGAGGGAGAAGAUGUGGAUCUUUUACAGUUCGGACGAUUCAAAGUGUAUCUUUUCUAUUUGGAACCAGUGGUGUUUGUAUUACGCAGCAGUGAUGUGUUUGUUGUUUUCGCCCGUAAGGAUGGACGACGCGUGCCCGUCGUCCUGCAUCUGUACCAGGGGCUUGAGGACGGUGACCUGCCGUGACGGGGACUACACCGAGGUACCCAGAGACAUGCCAAAGUGGACGUCCACCUUGACACUUACGGGGAGUAACAUCUCAACUUUACAGCGUGAUGCGUUCAUGACCAACGGCACGGAGUUGGAAAUGACAACACUCUCUCUGUCCUAUAACGGGAUACAGGCUAUUGAACCUUACGCCUUCCUGGGGCUUUCCCGGUUACAUUCGUUGGAUCUUAGCCACAAUCAGUUGGAGUUUAUCUCAUCCAGGGCUUUCCAUGGAUUACCCGAUCUGCGCUCUCUUAACCUGAAUUACUCCGUUUCUCCUGCGGCCACCGCGCAGCUCUCAGAUGCGCUCAACACACAAAGUUUGCGCAACCUGCACAGACUGGAGUUGGCGGGAAACAAGCUGACGUCUAUCCCCCUCGAGAGAUUAGAUGUCUUUAACCUCCACGAGUUGGUGCUGAUUAAUAACUCAAUAGAGAUAAUCGGGGAGGAAAAUGUAACCAGUUUGUACCAACAAAGGCGCAUACGCGUCUACUUGUCUUUAAAUCCGUUUCGGUGCAGCUGUGAACUGGAGGCGUUUUACUACUGGCUGAAGAACUCGUCCCAGUGCCUGGAUGCAGGGCGUCUCCUGUGCAGCGAGCCAGAGGCUAAGAGGGGGAUUCCCGUGGAAAAGCUCCGGGGAGAGGAGGUUGAUUGUAUGAACGAGAACCUGGAGGCGGUGUCAUAUGUUUUCCUAGGUAUAGUGUUGGCUCUCAUCGGGGUGGUGUUCCUGAUGGUACUUUAUCUCAACCGGGGAGGCAUCAAACGGUGGCUCAACAACAUCAGAGAGGCCUGCCGUGACCAGAUGGAGGUAUAUCAUUACCGCUAUGAGCAGGACUCUGACCCCAGACUGGCCAACGUGGCUGUUUAACCAGUCGAAACAUCAAUCCAGUGCUACAUAGUGUGAGGACAGACGAUAUUACCAGGAUAACUUAUUUAUCAAAGACUGUGGCCUUGACCUGUCACAACUACAACUGAUGGUUUUUUAAAACUAGUUUCAUCACGUUCAGCCCAUGAAUUCACUCUGGGAGAUGCACAGAGCCAAAGGCAGUUAAAUAUAAGUAACUGUUCAUCCAGCACAACUAAAUACUUCAAUCUUCUCAGCAGUGUUGUACAUAUUGUAUAUAAGUAUCUCCUCAUAGCAGAAAUGCUUUCCAUCCGUUGUGUUAUCUUACACAGCCCCACUUGUUUAGUAUUUACCCUCAGUAACCGUCCAAAGCGCACAGUAAAGGUCCAUCAAAUUUCCAAUUUGAAAAGCUGAGUCAGCGUUAUUACCCAAAGCUGCGGCCCCUGCUUAAUAUUUUACAUUCAGCAGAACCUGCACAGAGAGCAAGACUGCUUUUAAUCUACCAGGGAGUGCAUAUUGUCAGAAAACUGUCAGAGAAGGAAACUCAUUUGGCAUUUUUUUUUAUGGAGUGCCAUGUUUGUGGAAUAUGUUACACACCAUGUUUUCACGAAGACCCUUUUAUCUCAGAGAAGAACGUGUGUCAUUUGACACCAGAUCAGCUUAUCAGUAAAACUGUGGAAAAAGUGAAAGAGAGACCAAUUUUAACCGUGCAUGUGAUUCCUGUAGGCAUAGAAAACCAACCAAAACAUUAAUAAAAAGCCAAACAAAAAAAAAGAAAAAUCAUGAGUUUGCAGUGUGUCUGUACAUUUUAUCAUCACUGUCAGGGAAUGUAGACUUCAUGCAGCACUAUGUCAGACAUUAAAUGUAUUUUUUUCCCUGCUGUGUUUCUGAAUGAGUGUGCAAGCUCCCGGUGAAAUUUGCAGAACGUGUGACUUCACAAACUAAAGUGAGGUGUCACAUUGUCAUCGGGGUUCAAGGACUAGAGGGAAAGACUGGAGAGAUAUGACAUAAAAGUGCAUUUGUGUUAAUCACAUCAGGACUGUGACUAAUAACCUGUAAAGACUGAUCAUGGUAGUCGGUAUCUUUACGGCUCACGGCUGAUCGACCUUCUUAGCUAAAGGUCUCCAUUACAGUCAAGGUCAAUUACUAAAGAAAAACAAGGUAGAGGGAGGGCCCAGGUGGAUCACUGUGUGUAUAUGAAAUGAAAACAAACUGUAGCUAUGGAUUUCUAAACAAGCAGUAGGUUAUUUUCCGUUGUCAGAUCAUUAGUGGAAGGUAAGAGAGUGAGUAAAUCAACGUACUGGGCAUACCAACUAACCAAGGAAUCAGUGUAGCAGCUGUUCCUCCCUCAUAAAUCAUAACAAAUGUGAUUAAUACACCUGAUUAAAGACAAUGAGGCGAGAAAAUUAGAAUCAUCCACACCGCACUGGAUGAACAGUUCUAACAAAAGGAGCGAGGUGAUGAUUAGCACUUUCCGGUGGAGAGAGGGAUCAAGCAGUGACAGAUCACUGUGAUACAGAUGGCCCCCUCUCUAGACAAGCUACAGUUAUUUAUGUCUUCAUCUACAGAUUAAAAUAUUACAAUAUCUGCAUGUUUAACGUAAACUUCCAGUUAAGGGAUUAGAUAAUGAAUACAUGGACAGAUUUUUUUUUAAAGCCAUUUUAUUAUGUCAGCAGGAGGACGCACCUUUACGUAACAAAAGACUGUGACACCGUGCCACUUCGUGACAUGCCACUGUACCAUACGCUGUCAUGUUGCAUAUGAAGUCUGAGGUGAUAAAGCUAAUCACCAGGACAGCAGUGUUCAAGGAUAAAAGCUUUUGUGUGCUGUAUAUGCAUGUUCCACAUCUGCAGCCAUGCCAGCAGCUCUGCGAGGCUGCACUGAAACACAUUGGCGCUUUGAGCUCAAAGCUACCAGCAGUUCACAUGUUCACUGUUAUGAUGCUGAUGUCAAGCGCGUAUAAUUUACAAUAUUUACAAACCUUAGUUUAGUGCAUUAGCAUUUGUCAGAGUUCACGAAAAUGAAGAUGGUAACCAUGUAGAUUUGAUUGCUUACAUGUAUAUCGAGUCAUGAAAGGACAAACUGGACUUAUGAACAUUUUAAGAUCUUUGGCAUUAGAUAAAAAGUUGGAGGAUGGUGACCAAGAAUGUUUUAUUGCUCUCCAGCAUUUCAGUCUGUGGGAAAGUGGUGGGGCAGGCCAUCCCCGGAGUAACAUUACCACUGUGCCUGAAAAUGAAGAAUCCAGGCUUAAUUCAAAGUGAGCACUGUUGACAAGAAACAACCUAUAAAAGUCCAUAAUUUGAAAUGUGUGUUGUUAUUCUGUCAAAACCAAUUUUUUUAGUUGUUCUUAGAGAUUCGGGUUAAUCUCAUAACAAUGUGCUACAUAAUGAAAUGCAAGAUUGCUGAAAGCACACUGUCUGAAUUUUUCAGGCCUUUGUGGUGUUACUACGAGGUCCAGAAUAUGAAUAAUGGAUGUGUGGAUUUUAAGCCGUUGUUUACAAAUGCAAAUAAAUGUGAAAAAGCUAAUGAAAUGCUAAAUCAUCCCCAGACUAAUGGUUCGGGGGGUUGCCUUUGGGCAAACUAAUUCUGUUCUUAGACAUUAGAGAACACAAAGCAUUUGAUAACAACAAUAAUAAUAAUGAAGGAAGACUGAUGGAAUAUAGGGGAUAAUGUUAUAAUGAGACAAAACUGAGUUUCUUAACGUACAGUAUGUGCUUCUGGUUUCAGUUUAAAUGCUGGGCUUGUGUGCCUUUAAAAAUCCAGAAGUACAAACCCACACAAACUUGACUAGAGCCAGUUGGGAUCAUAUAUUUCUAUGAUAUUCACAGUUAUAUCCCCCAUGAUCAGUCCUGCUACUUCAUUUAGUCAAAAUAUAAUCUCCUUUGCAAUUAAUUUUAUUCCAAACUGAAAUCAACAUAAAUCAAUGAUCUUCCUAAUUUCUGUUUAAUCCCGACCUUGACUAUGUCUCCUUUAUCUUUCUUCUGCGUGUUCUCUGCCUCUUUGACCAUCACCUUUUUCUAUUUUCUGGAGUCCUGGGCCAUAAAUAAACAGGUGGGAACAACAAACAUCUUAUUUUGUCUUAUUAAAGUAUCCAGACUUGCUUCACAGCUCAGCGCUCUCAGUUUUCUUUACCUGUCAUUUCUCCUCUUUUUGGUUUCUUCAUUUUUCUACAUUCUGCUUACAAUAUCAGACCUCCUCUGUACCCUUGCACCCCCACCCUUCCCCGCUCUGCCUAUUCGCUCCCUCCGCUCCUCUUCAUUCAGGUAAAUGACUUUAUCCAGUUGAGUGACUUUGUAAGGAUGCAGAGACAGGGUUUAACUGAGCCCAGCAAAAGGGAGGGACAGAGGAAGAAAGAUAAAGAAAAGGGGAACAGAGAAAAGAUUCAUUAGAGUUCUACUGUCCAGGCUACAAAUGCCCUUGCCUUAUGCAAAACGAUGACUCAUCGCCUUGCUCUAUAUAUGAAUGUCUGGGAAGCCAAACACAACUGCUGUCUAAGAGAGACCAAACAGCAAAAAUGUUAUCUUUGAAUAUUAUUUAACUCAAUCAUGAGCACCUAAACCUUUUUAAAUGACCUCUGUCAUUCUUUCAUAGGAGCAUUCGGAUGUCUCGCUUUGCAUAUGCAUCACUAGAUGUGACAAAAUCAAGAUGCAAUGAGUCACAAUCAAAUAAGAUGUUUGCACCCUGUCUCUGUAAAACUGGUUUCCUGGUCUGCUGAGUGUGUAUGGAGAUGAGUCUGCCAGUUUGUAUUCUGUUGAUUACUGGUUAUUGAUUGCUUCUGUUUGAAUAUAAGAGAAACAGUUUGGCUUUGUAGGAUUGUAGGAUAUGGGAAGGAGCAAUGUUGCUGCAGACUGAGGUAGACUGUAAACACAAGUGAGUUAAACUUAUUAUAAUGUCCAACAGCUAAAGGGGGUUUUCAGUGGUAAUAUGUUUAAUGAGUGCUGAAUGGCAGUUGUCCUCAUGUGGAAUAAUGACCGAACAGAAAAAAAUGACAUGCUGUUACCUGUUUCUGAGUUUUAUACAUGCUAUCUACUCAAACCCAUAGGUAGCGUUUUUUAGUACACCCAGGCUUUGUUCACUUUGUCUUUAGAAUGACCGUAAUUCCCGGUGGCAGAAAUUCAACAAGAUGUCUGAAAUAUUCCUCAGAGAUUAUUGGUCCAUAUUGACAUGAUAGCCUCGCACAG